AUGGAUGAUGGCUACGUGGAGGAAGACGACGACGAUACAUGGUCCGUGAGUUCUGGGAAUUCGGUGCGCAAAAAUCACGCGGCCAACGCACGCAGAACGAUGCUCCAUUCGAACAGUGUUCCGGAGCAGGAAUCUCCCUCUAUGAGUGUCAAUCAGUCUGGGGUCGCAAAUCCCUCUCCUGGUCAGAAUACCGAGGGUCUGAGCGAGAAGAUGCGGUGGCUCUCUACGGACGAUAGCGGGAUCAGCAACGCUCAAUUGGCGUCAGCUCAGAAGCCGAUUAACACAGCCAAGAACUACAUUAGGACGAUCCCGAUACCGCCGACGCCGCAAAAUUUAGUUCCACAGUCCUCGCCGACGCCUAACAGCCAACAAAUUUACAUGAAUUUGCCUCUUCAACAACAACAAAUUCAGCAGCAGCAACAACGGAAUGGCAUUCCUGGCCGCCCGAUCUAUUAUGAGAACGGUCGACCGAUGGGCGGAGGUCAGAUGAUCCCCAUAGUGCCAAGAGACUAUCGAAUUCUGCGACGUAUCCCAGGCGAAGCUUAUCCCGGGGAUUUGAGAAGGCCGAUUCCGACCCACCAGCUGCAGCAGAUGCAGCAAAUACAGAUCACUUUGCAACAUCAAUACGCCACCUUGCCAGCAAACAUGCAAUAUCACUCGAUGACAUCGCAAUUGACGGUUCAGUUGCCAGCGGGGCAUUCGUCCCCUCAACCAUCCUCAUCACCAACUCCUCCAGCUGGGAAUCAAGCUCAUCCGGGUCCGCAUCUGCAAGCUGCGAACGCACAUUUGCUCGCUCAGACACAGCACACCUUACAGGCGGCCACUUCGCCUCCGCCCGUGGUGCAAGCUGCCGUUCAACAAAUUCAAAAUCAGAUCGCCCUUCAACAGCUCCAGAUGCAGCAACAACAAGCAGUUAUACACGCAGCCCAGCAGCAGGCCAUCCAACAAGCCCAGGCCCUCCAACAACAGCAUCGGGUUGAUGGGAAAUACGAAUACGAGGACUUUGAUAAGUACCAAAAUCAACAAGAAGUCGACCGGUCUGAACGCAUCAGGAAGCGAUAUAGCGUCACCGAGGAGGAAGACCCAAGUUUCGGUUUCGCUAGACGACCCUCCGUCAAGGGCAUACGGCAACGGUAUGCAUCUCAAACCGACCUGAACAACAUGACCGUCAAGCUCAGUCAAGCCAAAGGCCUUCACUGUCAUCCGGUCGGCAAAGGCCCAGUGGCGGUGCCACCUCCUCAGCCUCCGGCUUUGCCGCAACUACCACAGACUACCGCCGCCUCCCAAGGACCUACUCAAAACAAGCAGAACCAACAGCAACAAAUUUAUCAGAACCAACUACCGCAGGGUUAUAUGACGCUACCAGCCGGAGUCUCAUUAGCUCAGCUGACAGGUGGAGAUCCAAACCAGAUGUGGCAAGCAGGAGAACAGAUUCAACUGCAACAAAUGCACGCCAUGGGCGGUCACCAGCAGUUGAAAGUUAUGGUGCUACCUCGCUUACCGGAAGAAAAUCCCAGCAAACAGCAAAACUCUACGCCAACCUCUCAGCACCAGCAACAGGCGCAGUCACAAGCCGCGUCAUCCCAGCAGCAGCAACAACAACUACAACAACAAAAGCAACAACAGCAACAACAGCAGCAGCAAGCUACACCCAAACAGCAACCCCAACAAGCGCAGCAACAAGUGUGCUAG